UCUGAUGAAGAAGAGAAAGGAUUGUUGAAGGAGGCUGAUGAUGAUGGUUAUGAGCCAUUGUCAUUUGUGCUGCCAAAGAAAAGGAAGAGCAGGGCAAAGCAGAGGCCUCCUAGAAAAUGGUACAAUGAGAAAAUGGAGGCACCACAUGAGCAAUUAUGUCUAAAGAUGUGUUUCAAGGAUCAACAUCAAUUCAGAGAGGCUUUGUUGAACUUACACAUCACUCAAGGCAGAAACUUCAAAUAUCAUAGGAACUCAGAUCAAAGAAUAAUUGUAGAAUGCAACCAAAAACAUUGCAACUUCUUUAUGGUGGCAGCAGUUAUAAAAGGUGAAACUACUUUUGUAAUUAAGAAGAUGAGAAUUAAGCACACUUGCCCUAUUAGUACAGAGACAACAAGGGUAAGUGCCAAGUGGCUUGCACAGAAGUAUGAGUCACUGUUCAGAUCUGAUCUAACAACUGGCAUUCAGACUUUGAUUGAUGCCUGCAUGGAGAAGUAUGGUGUGGAUGUGCCCAAGUCAAUGGCAUAUAGGGCAAAGAACCUAGCUAUUGAUGCUGUGCUAGGAGACCACAAGAAGCAAUACCCUAGGUUGAAAGACUAUGCUCAGACAGUGAUGGAUACAAACCCUGGGAGUAGAGUAGUAGUCACUACUGUAACUCCAACACCCACUGAAAAAAUCCCCCAUCCAGGUCCAAGAUUCCAUGCUAUGUUCUAUUGCAUCAAUGGAGCAAGGGAGGGGUUUCUCAAGGGGUGCAGACCAUUCAUUGGUGUUGAUGGGUGCUUCAUUAAGUUAACUACUGGUGCUCAACUACUUGCUGCCACUGGUAGAGAUGGCAACAACAAUAUAUACCCACUAGCAUUUGGUAUUGUUGGGCAAGAGGACACACCUAACUGGUGUUGGUUUCUACACCAACUUAAAAUCUGCCUAGGAGGAGAAGUGGGAAGGUUUGGUCCAUAUACAAUAAUGUCAGAUAGACAAAAGGGCCUACUAAAUGCAGUGAAUGCUGUCUUUCCUAAGUGCAACCAAAGGUUCUGCCUUAGGCAUAUCUAUGCAAACUUCCAAAAUGCUGGGUUUAGGGGGGAAGAUCUGAAAAAGUGUAUGGAUAAUGCUGCCUAUGCAUAUAGUGAACACAAAUUUAACAUUGCAAUGAAUGACCUUAGAGCUGAGUGUGAGCAAGCUUGGGAGUGGCUUUGUCAAAUACCCAAGAAAACAUGGGCAAGGCAUGCAUUUGACACAAACUGCAAGACUGACCUUGUAGUUAACAAUUUAUCUGAGGUGUUCAACAAGUAUGUCCUAGAUGUUAGGAAGAAACCAAUUAGGACAAUGUGUGAUGGAAUAAAGGAUAAGCAGAUGGUGAGGUGGCAUAGGAAUAGGGAGAGUGGAAAGAAAGCUAGAUGGGACAUAACACCCCAUUAUAGUGAGAAGCUAGAGGUUGAGAAGGAGAGGGCCAAAUAUUGCAAACCAAUUCAAGCUGGUGUGGACUUGUGGCAAGUUACAAGUGGGCAGCAAACCCAUGCUGUUAACUUGCAAAUGCACACAUGUGGGUGCAGAAAAUGGGACCUAAGUGGCAUCCCAUGUAACCAUGCCAUCUCAGCAAUAAACAAGGCCAAAAGAAAACCAGAGGAUUAUGUCAGCAAGUUCUUCAAGAAAGAAAUUUAUCUGGCAGCUUAUGAACCAAUGAUCUAUCCAGUUCCUGGUGAGCAUGACUGGACAAGGACCCCUGGUCCAGACAUUGACCCACCUGCAUUUAAAGUGAAGAGAGGAAGAAAGAAAGAGAAGAGGAUCAAGGGGAAAUUUGAAGUUCCAAAGCCUAAGGCGACAUCAAGAAUGGGGACUAUAACAUGUGGCAAUUGUGGACUGCAAGGACAUAGGUACACAAGCUGCAACAAGCAGUUGAAGCCUGAGCUGGCUUUGAGGAAGAACAAACAUGUGCCUCUUGCAAGGAAUUCCAAUACUGGUGCUGCUGCUACUACACAAGCAUCAAGAACUUCUCAUCCAUCUCCUACAACAACACCAACAGCUGGAACAGCAGCUGGGAGAGGAGCUGGGAGAGGAGCUGGGAGAGGGGCUGCAGCUCCAGCUGCUGGGAGUGGUGCUGCUAGAGGUGCUGGUAGAGGUGCUGGUAGAGGUGCUGCACCAGGUGCUGGGAGAGGGAGAGAAUCAAUGCCAUAUAUGGCUUUUGUUCAUGUGGAUGCAUCUGAUGAGUGA